UCUCUGUACCUGCUGUGUUUCUCCUCAUGGCGCUCCCGCGGACUCUUCCCCGGGACGUUCCCGCUCCUGCUCUCAUUCUUUUCGGCUAAGAUGCGGAUCUCCAGCGGUCUGGGUGCAGUGCUCUCGGGGGGCUUCGUGAUUCAACAGCGGCCGGAGGGAAGGCGAAGCAGCUGGGAUAACUAACUGGGUGCUAUGGUGGGACCUCCCGGACCGGCAAGAGUUGGGCUUUUCCGGACUAAAGCAACGGUUUCCACAGAGCCAUGGAUCUAACCCAGAGCUUGGUGGUCUGAACACAACCGGGUCAGCUUGGUGGACCUGGGCAACCUUUCCUCGACCAACCACCACCAUCAUCUCAUUGAGCCUCACGAGCUCCACACACUCACACACACGACCACACCCUCGGUUUGACCCUCCCCCACAGCGAGACGGCAGCACACGGAGCAAACAUGACAGACAGAGUGACUUUCAGCACACCUAAAGUCAACCCCCGGUCCGCCGCGGGCCCUGUGCUCCCACCUGAGCCGAUCGACAUCAUCCGCAUCAAGGCCCGCUCCCGGCGGGUCAGGCUCAACGUCGGUGGUCUCACACAUGAAGUCCUGUGGAGAACGCUGGACCGGCUGCCCAGAACCCGUCUGGGGCGGCUAAGAGACUGCAACACGCACGAGUCAUUGCUGGAAAUUUGUGAUGACUACAGCCUCACUGAGAACGAGUACUUCUUCGACCGGCACCCGGUGGCCUUCUCCUCCAUCCUCAACUUCUACCGAACCGGGAAGCUACACAUGAUGGAGGAGAUGUGCGCCCUGUCCUUUGGCCAGGAGCUGGACUACUGGGGUAUCGAUGAAAUCUACCUGGAGUCAUGCUGCCAGGCGCGGUACCACCAGAAGAAGGAGCAGAUGAACGAGGAGCUGAGGAGGGAGGCGGAGACGCUGAGGGAGAAUGAGGGGGAGGAGGAGGAGCAUGGCUGCUGCCCUGACAAGAGACAGAAGCUCUGGGACCUGCUGGAGAAACCCAGCUCCUCUGUGGCUGCUAAGGUCCUGGCCAUGAUCUCCAUCCUGUUCAUCGUCAUUUCCACCAUAUCAUUGUCUCUCAACACCCUGCCGGAGCUGCAGGUGGUGGAUGAGUUUGGCCAGUUCAAUGACAACCCCAGCCUCGCCCACGUGGAAGCUGUCUGCAUUGCCUGGUUCACCAUGGAGUACAUGCUGCGCCUUCUCUCAGCACCCGACAAGUGGGAUUUCAUCAAAGCACCACUCAACAUCAUUGAUCUGCUGGCUAUACUGCCUUACUAUGUGACCCUCUGCCUAACUGAGUCCAACAAGAGCGUGAUGCAGUUCCAGAACGUGCGCCGUGUGGUCCAAAUCUUCCGAAUUAUGAGGAUCCUGAGGAUUCUGAAGCUGGCCAGGCACUCAACAGGACUCCAGUCUCUAGGCUUCACUUUGCGAAGGAGCUACAAUGAGCUGGGUCUGCUGAUCCUCUUCUUAGCCAUGGGCAUUAUGAUCUUCUCUAGUUUGGUGUUCUUUGCUGAGAAGGAUGAGGAUGCCACUAAAUUCACCAGUAUCCCUGCCUCCUUCUGGUGGGCUACCAUUACUAUGACCACUGUUGGUUAUGGAGACAUCUACCCUCAAACCCUGCUGGGCAAGAUUGUAGGAGGGCUCUGCUGCAUAGCAGGUGUGCUGGUCAUUGCCCUUCCUAUCCCAAUCAUCGUCAACAACUUCUCUGAGUUCUACCGGGAGCAGAAGAGGCAGGAGAAGGCCAUCAAGAGAAGGGAAGCUCUGGAAAGAGCCAAGAGGAGUGGAAGCAUUAUUUCUAUUAACCUGAAGGAUGCUUUUGCACGUAGCAUGGAGCUUACAGAUGUGUUGGUGGAAAAGAGAGAGGACAGCAAGUGUCCUGUGGAUAAUCACCUGUCACCCAGCCGCUGGAGCUACCACAAACACUACUCCAAUGCAGAGGUAAGCAGCCCAGGCAGGUCUCAACACUCUCAUUACCUCGAGGUGGCUCAGCUGGGCUCUCCUGAUCGGGCCAAGUUGUCAGCUAACAAAACUACCCCUCAACACCUCAACGUGAAGAGGCUGGAAGAAGCUUACAACAAGACAGUGACCAUGCAGGAGCAGGAGGAAAAAAUUAUAGAGGAGCAGAUGGAGAUGAAAACACUGAUGUCCACACAACGCCGGCAAACUGCACCUGACGUCAGCAAAUUCUCUAAUGUGGCGGAUGAUUUUCCAGUGGAAGGAGGAGAAAGUUCUCUUCUCGUGAGCGCUGAGGGUCAAACUCCAGCUAAACACCAGCGCAUCCCCCCUCCCUUGGAUCUAAGUCAGAUCAGCGCCAUGGAGGUGAACAGAGGCCCUGACGGCAUCCAGCCAGCGACCAUCAUCAAAGAGGGUUUGUAUGAGUUUGUGUCCAGCCCCAGAGGAAGGGCUGGAGAUGUGGGUUUGAUGCCACAGAGUGCAGAAAGCGGUGGAGUGACCUAUGACAGCAUCUGCAGCACCUUGAAAGAUUAUAGUAGCCCUCAGAAAACAAGAGCCCUCCAGGUUGACUUUAUUGGAUCCCAAGAUGACGUGCUAAUGGCAGUGAUGACACCUGUGGCAACCCCGGGUUCAGCCAAGCUUGCUCAACUACUUUCUGACGACAUCGUUUCCGGGUUUUCUACACCUCCCACCUCUGCUACACAGGAAGUUAAGUCUCCGCUGGCAAUCGUGCAGUCUCCGUCCCCGGCCCAGCAAUCUGUCAGUCCAGGCAACUCCCAGGGGGGAGGUGAGGGCUCAGCAGCCAGGAGCUUAGAAGCCUGCGGCUCGGUGUCGGUGUUGACGGAGGACCGUGAGGAGCAGACCCGGGAUUUCACCGCUGCUCCCGGACAGAAGAGGUAG